ACAACUUUUCUUCUAUAUUUCCUGCAGUUUGAAGAAUGUUUUCUGGAAACGAAGGAUGAUUUGACAAAGUUACAGAAGGAUGGAUCCCUGCUGUUUCAGCAAGUGCCCAUGGUGGAGAUCGAUGGGAUGAAGAUGGUGCAGACCAGAGCCAUCCUCAACUACAUAGCAACGAAGUACAACCUCUACGGGAAGGACCUGAAGGAGAGAGCCCUAAUUGAUAUGUACGUGGAAGCAGCAAUGGAUCUGAAUGAGUUACUCAUGAUCCAUCCUUUCCAACCAGCGGAUAAAAAGGAGGAACAUUUUGCUACUAUGCUGGACAAGGCCACAAACAGAUACUUCCCAGUCUAUGAGAAGGUUUUGAAAGACCAUGGACAAGACUUUCUUGUUGGCAACCGGUUUAGCAGGGUAGAUGUGCAAUUACUUGAAAUCCUUUUAAUGGCCGAAGAGUUCAAGCCUGAUAUACUUGCCAAAUUUCCUCUCUUGCAGAGUUUUAAAGCAAGAAUAAGCAAUAUCCCCACAAUAAAGAAAUUCCUGCAGCCUGGCAGCCAGAGGAAAUCACUACCACAAGAAAAAGAUGUAUCAAAAGUGAUGAAAAUUUUCUACUGAGCAGCAACCUAAACCCACAGAAAAUC